CAAAGCUCUAGAAAUGGAUAUAUUUUAUGCAUCUCUUGUUUCUCUUUUUGUCCUUGUUGUUUCUUUCUCUCUUCACUUUUUCCUCUACAAGUCCAAACCAACUAAAGAUGGGAUAUUACUUCCACCCGGUAGAACCGGGUGGCCUGUAAUUGGAGAAAGUUUUGAGUUUCUUGCGACGGGAUGGAAAGGCCAACCCGAAAAGUUCAUAUUCGAUCGCAUGUCAAAGUUUUCACCGAUAGUGUUCAGGACAUCUCUAAUGCUAGAGGAUGCUGCAGUGUUCUGUGGUGCUCAAGGUAACAAGUUCUUGUUCUCAAAUGAAAACAAACUUGUACAAGGAUGGUGGCCGGCUUCGGUGGACAAAAUAUUCCCUUCAUCUGACAAAACCUCCAAGAUAGAAGCUAUUAAAAUGAGAAAAAUGCUGCCAAACUUCUUCAAGCCCGAAGCGCUACACAGAUAUGUCCCGGUUAUGGACGUUGUGACGCAACAACACUUCGCCAUGGGGUGGGAGGGGAAGGACGAGAUUGUGACAUAUGAGCUCACCAAAAACUUCACCUUCUGGCUAGCAUGCAAAAUCUUUAUUAGUAUCGAUGAACCUGAACGAGUGAGAUAUUUAUCCGGCCCGUUUGAGAGCAUCGCUUUGGGGCUCCUUGCUAUCCCCAUUGACCUUCCCGGGACACCAUUUCGGAGAGGGAUCAAUGCUGCCAAUUUCAUAAGAAAAGAACUUUUAAACAUUGUGAAGCAAAGGAAAACCGAAUUGGCUCAAGGGAAAGCAACACCAACCCAAGAUAUCUUGUCACACAUGCUUCUUUUUAGGGAUGAAGAUGGGGAAUUUAUGGCAGAAUAUGAUAUUGCUGACAAGAUCCUAGGCUUGCUGAUUGGCGGCCAUGACACUGCAAGCUCGGCUUGUGCUUUUAUCGUUAAGUAUCUUGCCGAAUUACCCGAGAUCUAUAACGGAGUCUACAAAGAACAAAUAGAAAUUGCAAAAUCUAAAGCAGCUGGAGAACUGUUGAGCUGGGAAGAUCUAUCAAAAAUGAAAUAUUCAUGGAAUGUUGCAUGUGAAGUUCUUAGAUUAGCCCCACCACUCCAAGGUGCUUUUAGAGAAGCCAUUACUGAUUUCAUGUACAAUGGCUAUUCUAUCCCCAAGGGCUGGAAGUUAUACUGGAGUGCAAACUCAACCCAUAAGAACCCUGAGUUCUUCCCGGAACCGCAGAAAUUUGACCCAUCAAGAUUCGAAGGCAACGGGCCAGCACCAUACACGUUUGUGCCGUUUGGAGGAGGACCGCGAAUGUGUCCAGGAAAAGAGUAUGCUCGGCUAGAAAUACUUGUGUUCAUGCAUCAUCUCGUAACAAAGUUCAAAUGGGAGAAAAUCAUUCCUGAUGAGCAGAUAGUCGUCAACCCGAUGCCUAGCCCUGCUAAGGGUCUUCCUAUUCGACUUUACCCACACAAGGGUUGAAGAUAUCAUCAGAUGGAACAAAUGUUUGUGUUUGAAUAGAUAAUAAUGAUGUGAUCUUGAUCUUUAAAACAUACCACUGUUUUAUAGUUUGCUUUUGGUUUGUAUGUCUAUUUGAUUCAAUAAUAUUAAUGUAUUUUUUUUUAAUUUAA